UCGGCAAUUGAGAAAUAGUGUGCUGAUGUUUGAAAGCAAAGCAACAAUGGCGGGUUGGUUGCUGAAAGCUCGCAGUCGCUGCCGCUUUUCCCUUUCUUCUGCGCUCCAUCACCCUCGCUUCAUCUUCUUCUUCUCUCAUGUUGCAGAGAGGGAGCAUGUUCACACUUCCACACUCACAAAACCAAGUUUUAUCCACCCUACUGCCGCCGUUCAUCCCGAUGCCCUCAUAGGCCAAGGUGUUUCGAUUGGUCCCUUUUGUUCUGUUAGCUCCUCUGCAAAGCUGGGGAAUGGUUGUCGACUAUACCCUGGAAGCCAUGUUUCUGGAAGAACAGAGUUAGGGGACAAUUGUACGUUGAUGACUGGUGCUGUUGUUGGUGAUGAUUAUCCUGGAUGUACCGUCAUUGGAAGCAAUAACUCAAUAGGAUAUCAUGCUGUGAUUGGUGUCAAAUGUCAAGACAUGAAACACAAGCCAGAGGAUGAAUGUUUCCUGGAAAUUGGAGACAAUAAUGAUAUCAGGGAACAUACUUCAAUCCACCGAUCUUCAAAAUCAACUUAUAGGACGGUUAUUGGUAAUGGAAAUCUUAUAAUGGGCUCCUGUCAUAUUGCCCAUGAUUGCAAGAUUGGUGACAACAAUAUUUUUGCUAACAACACUCUUCUAGCUGGACAUGUCGAAGUGGAAGACUAUGUUCACACUGGAGGUGGAACUGCUGUGCACCAAUUCUGUCAUCUUGGCUCGUACUCUUUUCUCGGUGGUGGUUCUGUGAUUUGUACAAAAUCUAAGCCAGUCAACGGAAAGUUUAAGCAGGAUCUAGUUAUCUAGUGACCGAAGGCUGUGGUAAAUGUACCCUCAGUGUGGCCCAUUUAUUUACCAACGGUCUGAAUAACAGUAUGUUGUA